AUGGCUGCAGAAAAAAAAGAGGAAUCAUCAAAACAACGUUAUCAAGCGAACGCACGAGAAUAUUUAGUAAUAAAAAAUUUGCGAAUACUCAACGAAGGUAAAGAAUCCGAAGGCGAAAUUCAAGAAAUCCAAUAUUUACUCUGCAGUGUGAACACGGCUUUCAGUGCUUUGAGAACUUUAAUACCGACGGAACCUGCAGAUAGGAAAUUAUCGAAAAUAGAGACAUUAAGAUUAGCAAGUAGUUACAUCAACCACUUAGGUGCUGUUCUUGUUGCUGGUCCUAUAGAUCAACCUUGUUUACGUGUUGAAAACAGCAGCGGACUUUAUAGAACAAAUCAUUGGACAAAUUUACAAAAGAGACCGCAAGUCUGCACUUUUUGUCUUGCUAUGCACAAAAAAUAUGUGAGUUAG